CGCGCGUCCUCCGCAGCUUCUUGCUUGCUCUGCUCUGCUUCGCUUUUCUUGGUCCACGGCGACCUCCGACCGAGGACCGACGGACGGCAGGCAAAGGCAGCGCAACCUCUCCUCUUCUUCCCCCUUCCAUUCCUCGCUUUCGCAUCUCUCUCUCAGUCUCAGCCCUCUACCCCACGCCACCAACCCCGACCCAACCCUCUCUGCUCCACCUCAUCGCUGGGGCCUCGCCGCCCGCAGCCCAACUUCUGCUGACUUCGACAUCCAUCCCCCGCCAUUCGCGCCAUGAUUAUUCCUCCCUCCCUCCCGACUACUUCUACUUCUUCUUCUUGCUGAUCCCUUCCUCUUCCCCUUCCACCAGGGCAGGAGCAUCGCCCAGCUCAGCUCCUCUCGACUCCCUCCCUUGGACCCUCACCCGCCAACAACCUAGGCAGCCGGCAACGAACGAGCAAUAAUGGCGUCGAUCCGCCGGCCGCACUCGCCGGCGAAGCAGCACCUACUGCGGCACCACCACCCGUUCGCCACCUCCUCCCCGCCCUCCUCGCCGCUCCGCCACUCCUCCUCUUCGCCCCGGACCCACCACCACCUCGCCGCCGCCGCCGCCGCCGGCGGAUACCCGCACCCGUUCCUCUUCUUCACGCGCCGCCCGCUCCCACGCUUCGCGGCCUUCUUCCUGCUCGGCUCUUUCCUCGGCCUGCUCCACUUCCUCUCCCACCUCCCUCACCAGACCCCACACCUCCGCCCCUCGACUUCCCCCAACAAUCCCACCACCGCCGCCGUCCUCCCCAUCGUCCGCCUCCACGACGACGACGACGCAACCACCAACAAGCUGCUCGUCAUCGUCACGCCCACGCGCGCGCGCGCCGCGCAGGCGUACUACCUCAGCCGGAUGGGCCACACGCUGCGCCUCGUCGACCCGCCCGUCCUCUGGCUCGUCGUCGAGGCCGGCAAGCCCACGCCCGAGGCCGCCGCCACGCUGAGGGGCACCACCGUCAUGCACCGCUACGUCGGCUGCUGCGACAAGCUCAACGCCUCAUCCGUCGAUGACGACCGGCUCCGGCUCCGACCGCACCAGAUGAAUGCCGCGCUCGAGCUCAUCGAGAACCACCGCCUCGAUGGCAUUGUUUAUUUCGCCGACGAGGAGGGCGUCUACUCCCUCGACCUCUUCAAACGCCUCCGCCAAGUCAGGAGGUUCGGCACAUGGCCUGUGCCAGUGAUCUCUGAAAACAGAAAGGAUGGUGUGGUGCUGGAAGGCCCUGUGUGUAAACAGAACCAAGUUGUGGGGUGGCACACAAGUGAGCAUGCCAGCAAGCUCCGUAGAUUUCAUGUUGCUAUGUCGGGUUUCGCGUUCAACAGCACCAUGCUCUGGGACCCCAAACUCCGCUCCCAUUUGGCAUGGAAUUCAAUCCGGCAUCCCGACACAGAGAAAGAAGGUUUUCAAGUAACCACGUUCAUAGAGCAACUAGUGGAGGAUGAAAGCCAGAUGGAAGGCAUACCCGCUGACUGCUCUCAAAUAAUGAACUGGCAUGUGCCAUUUGGAUCUGAGAAUCUUGCCUAUCCCAAAGGAUGGCGAGUUCCGACGAAUCUGGAUGUGGUCAUUCCUCUUAAAUAGUAUCACCAGCUAUGUUCAUCAAAGCACUGACUCCUUUGACAGGCAUAUACUGUAGAAAUUAAGCCAUGAAGCUUUGGCUUUCAAUAGUGCUGAGGAAUCCCAGGUUGACUACAUUGGAGAAGCAGCUCUUGAGAAGAGGAGGCUUCAGGUUCUGCGCAACCUCAUGCAGAAUUUCAGUUGUUAUAGUCAAACUUUUGGGAAAUAUUUUGUAGGAUGAAAAUUAGUGCAGCAUCAACAAUGAAGCCAGCCAUCUUGUUGCAAAGCCGUGCAUUGUAUAUGUUCAUGUUGUUUGUAUUCUUUUUUUGUUUUCUUUUUGAGUUCACAAGCCAAAAGGCAAUAUAUACAAUACAAAGUUUUAAAUCUUCUGCUUAGUUACAGAUUAUUUCAGGAGUUUCAGUAAAAGCAUGACUGCAUUAGUCACCUUAUCUUCAAGAGGUGCA